AUGGACAGAUGUGUGCAGCUGCAGGUGUUCAAUUACCCACUAGGAGCUUUGAUAGUGGGAGCGCGGGUUACGGAAAGGACUGAACCUGCCUGGAUGUCAGCCAGCAGGUCUGUGGUCCACGUGGGACCUCCUUCUGCAUUCUUGACGGCGGAGGAGACGGGCAGCCAUGGAGGUUUGCACAGAUAUAGAGUUCCUCUGGUUAACUUCGAGAACGUGGACGAUGUGGGCAUCAACCUGGGCGACCCGAGCGACUCCGGCUACCCGACCUCACCUACAUCGGAGGCUCCGGAUCCAGAGCCAUCGCCCCGCCGCCUGGCAUCACCCCGUCCGUCCCCGCGCCCGUCCCCUCGCUGGGUCCGACGUGAGGGUCCGUCUCCUUCCACAGCCUCCAAAGCCACUUCCAGUAGCUGUAGUCUGAUCUCUAAUCUGAAGCUCCUAGUGAGUGGCGAGUCGGGUUCCGACGGCGUCUUCAGCAGGAUGCCACGGGACUGCUAUGACAACGAGGACUUGUUCGAGAAGACUGGAGUGGAGGACCGGGACCAGAAAGUUGUAAUCAACGUUUCAGGCUUGAUGUUCGAGACCCAGCUGAGCACCCUCAACCGGUUCCCAGAAACAUUACUGGGUGACCCUGCCAAACGAAUGCGCCACUUCGACCCCAUGAAGAAUGAGUAUUUCUUUGACCGUAACCGCCCUUCAUUUGACGGAGUCCUGUACUUCUACCAGUCUGGGGGGAGGGUUCGCAGGCCAGCUAAUGUCCCAUUAGAUGUCUUUGCCAGUGAAAUCGUCUUCUAUCAGCUGGGUCACGAGGCUAUGGAGCAAUUUCGUGAGGAUGAAGGUUUCAUCAAAGAGCCUGAGGUCCUGUUGCCCACCAAUGAGCUCCAAAGACAGUUCUGGCUUCUGUUCGAGUACCCUGAGAGCUCCAGUGCAGCCAAAUCCGUUGCGCUAGUCUCAGUGUUUGUCAUCGUCAUCUCCAUCUUUAUCUUUUGUCUGGAGACUCUACCGGAGUUCAGGGAGGAUGGUGACUUCACUCCCGGUGCUGAUGAAGUUAUUAAUGGCACCGGGGACAGUUCAAGUCCGCACCACGGCGCCAAAGACCACCUCGACUACCUCACAGACCCUUUCUUCAUCAUUGAAACGAUUUGCAUUAUUUGGUUCUGCUUCGAAGCCGGUGUCCGCUUUGCGGUGUGUCCCAGCAAGAGCGACUUCUUCAACAACAUUAUGAAUAUCAUCGACAUUGUGUCCAUCAUCCCCUACUUCAUCACGCUGGGCACAGAGCUGGCGACCUCUCCUGGCGACGACACCAACUCCAGCCAGAACAUGUCGCUGGCCAUCUUAAGGAUCAUCCGUCUAGUAAGGGUAUUCCGCAUCUUUAAGCUGUCACGCCACUCCAAGGGGCUCCAGAUCCUGGGCCAGACCCUCAAGGCCAGCAUGCGAGAGCUGGGCCUGCUCAUCUUUUUCCUCUUCAUCGGGGUCAUCCUCUUCUCCAGCGCCAUCUUUUUUGCCGAAGUCGACGAGCCCCACACACAGUUCGUCAGCAUCCCUGACGGAUUCUGGUGGGCAGUUGUUACCAUGACCACGGUGGGUUACGGAGACAUGUGCCCCAUCACCAUGGGCGGCAAGAUGGUGGGCACCCUGUGCGCUAUCGCAGGAGUGCUUACCAUCGCGCUGCCCGUUCCCGUCAUCGUGUCCAACUUCAACUACUUCUACCACCGUGAGACGGAGCAAGAGGAAAAGCAAAUGAUUGAUGCCGCAACCGAGGCACAGAAGAGCUCGCUGGCCGACAAAUAUGGCAGCUCGGCGUCAAUCGACAAAAGCGCCUGGAACCUCGAGAAAAAUGGCUUCCGCUCUUAG